AUGUUCGAGCGUGACGCUUUUUCGUCACGAAAACGCGAUAUCUCGCGACAUUACCCAAAGUGCCUUCAGGGCAGGGUUCCCAAGUGGCUGUUCGGAAGGGCUUCGGUGAAUUAAACGACGUGAAAGGAAAUUAUCGAGGCCUUGAAUUUCAUUUAAAAGGGUUUUAUGAAUGUGUAUAUGAGUUUAGAUCAAUUCUAGUCCACUAGAGUGUAUACGAUAUGUGAACAGAGACUGUCUACGGUCCCCUAUACCAUGCGAGUCCUGUCCAACUGAUAAACAAAGUUUUAACCAUUCCGAGUCUAGAGUGUUUAAUAUAUGCACCUCUAGAGAAUUAUUACCAAGGACUGUCGACUUCAAAACCUCUAAUGGCAGGGACAAGAGGACGUUUAUGAUGAGUAUCCUCGAUUUUAAAGUUCUCAGUUGUGCUACACAAUGUCAGCUCUUGUAAGCAUUCGUAACCAAGGAGAAAGAAGAAAAAUGCCACCAAUAUCAUCAGAGCUUUCAUCAGAUUCCAUCCAAGCACAAGAAACAAAUAAAAAACCCUGCAAUGGAGACUCGGCAAAUAAUAAACUACACUCUCUGUUUGCACCUCGUAUGUCUUCCAAGAAAAAAUUAAAAUGGUCAAUAGAAAAAAAUAAACAGGACARCCCGAAUAAUCACGAGAAGGAUAAGCCAAGUGAUAUCCAAACUAGACUUUCUUCUAAAUCUGCAUCAUCCUUUUUCAACCCCAAACCUGUCAUAGUUAUUCCUCRAAAAGAUGACAACCCUAAAAAUAAAGAGAGAAGUUCUUUAAAUAGUUCUAAAGUUGCAAAYUUAACUCAGAACUAUGAGAAAAAAGGAAAUAAGAAUGAAAACCCAGGAUAUCAUUCUCCUUUUUGUUUGUCGGAGGAUGAGUCACUUAUUAGCACACCACAUUUGUCUGAUAAAAGUUUGGUAAGAUCAUCUACUGGGUCGAUGAUAAACCAUAUAGACAAGGUGGUUGAAGAGACUAUAAAAACUGAAAGGGCAUAUGUGAAAAAUCUUCAAGAAAUCAUUGAGGGCUACUUAAAAUGUAUGCACAUGAAAAACUGUCCAAUCUCCAAACRAAACGUCAAGGACUUAUUCAUCAACAUUGAAAAGAUCUUUGAAUUCAAUAGGGAAUUUCUGAAAGAGCUGGAGAAUGCUGAUGACGACCCUGUGGAGAUUGCGMAGUGUUUUGUGAACAACAAAAAAGGUUUUCAAACCUACACUGAUUACUGUACGCAUUACCCGAAAUCAGUCGAGAUUCUUACAGAAUGCACGAGACAGAGGGAGUCGGCUACAUUUAUCCAGGAAAUACAAAUGGCUCUUGGACACUCACUACCUCUUGGCUCGUAUCUGUUGAAGCCAGUACAAAGAAUCUUGAAAUAUCAUUUACUGUUACAGGAAAUGACGAAACAUUUUGAUAAAGAUAAUGAUGCUGAAGGCUACGAAAUCAUAUGUAAUGCUUUGUUCGCCAUGACUGGUGUAGCAAAACACAUCAACGAGAUGAAGAGACAACACGAAGCUACACUUCACCUUCAGGAAAUUCAAAGUCAGCUAUCAGAAUUCGAGGGUCCAGACCUGACAACCUACGGUAACCUUGUCUUGGAGGAUAGUUUUCGGGUCGUGGGAACAAGAACGGAUCGAUACCUCUUUCUCUUCGAGAAGAUUCUACUUAUUACGAAGAAGAGAGAGAGAGAAAACGGAUACACGUGCAAAGCAAGUCUCUUGCUGUCGAACAUGAUGAUGACAGAAUCAGUUCCCAAAGAACCGUUAGGGUUUCAGAUCAUUCGAUUUGAUAACCAAAAAGUCAAUUAUUCUUUCUUGGCGCGAAACAUGGAGCAAAAAAAUAAAUGGACUCUGGAGCUAAAGAGACUAUUGGUGGAAAGUCUGACUGCUGAUGUCCCAGACAAAGUCAAAGAUAUGAUUUUGGGAAAGAAGAAUAAAGACGGGGAUGGCAAUUCAGAAUCUGAUCAACAGACCAAGAAAAGCCCUUCUUUAUCGAGAAGGCAGAGUUUCAAAGGGUCRCCGUCCAGCCAUUCGCUGUCUAAAAGACGCUUUACCCUCGAAUCCCCACAGAGCAAAGAGGAUGAGAACAACAACGCAAAGGAGGAUCUUCGUUCAGCUAGUGAUGUGUUCGUUAAUGACGAUGACUUGCAAAGAUUGUCUAAUGACGAGCAGAACGAUAACUCUGUAGUUGCGCUCGUGGAGGACUGGGAACGAAGACGCGUGGAGUCUGUGGGAAGCGAAGAAGAUGGAAUCGUGUCUGACGAGGAAGUCACUUACAAACGUCACAGAAAGUGGUCUCUGGACAAUGACCUACCUCGUCCUCGUUACCACGACAGGAGCAACGAAGGAAGGAUCAGAUCUACUGGGGGAGUCAUCGAUUUCCCGUAUGUCCCCAAAAGAACUUCCAGCUCGAAAAUCCUCGAGGCUCGUCUCGCGCGGGAUAAAAGCGCUUCGACUUCUGAAUUACAAAGCAAMUCAGAUGACAAUAUCCCCGCGAUGAAUGAUAUUCUUGCUCCUACUGAUAGCGAGAUAGACAUGACGAGACGUUUGGAUGAUUUCACGGAAAAUUCGAAAAUCCACAAAACUGUUCGUGAAGUUGCUAAAGCGUUUAGUGAGCAAGUUCCCCCAUUAGAUCAUCCUGUACUGAACAUGUCUGACAGUGCGAACAAAGUCCCUGAAACUCGUGAGGAGCGAAGCUCUAAGAAAGAAAGACGGUCUAUCGAUGAACUGUURGAGUCGAUCGAUCGUGAGCUCGAUGAAACGAGACGAACGAUUAACAGCGCGCARUUAUUAGAAUCAGCGAUAAGACUCAAACAAGUAAAUCCUUUGAAAGUAGUCUGGCCGCCAGAGGAAAGACUCGAGCAGCCAAAUAAAGAAAAAGCCCUAUUAGAUUCCGUCGACUCAAAUACAAAGUCACCUCCGGCUUAUAGUCAAACUAAAACAACCUCAAUACCGCCCGUAAAAAGUUCAGCGCCGACGACAACACAAAAUAAAGGAAAAACAGAAGAAGGAGACGAGGAAGACGAACGCGAUAUUAAGGCAGAAUUAGCUGCAUUUGAAAAACAAUCUGCAAAUGCGUCGAAAUUUGGUAUCACAGACUAUCACAGAACAUGUUCUCUGGACAGGAGAAGAGGUAAAAAAGUGUUCGAGCUUCCUAGGUCUCCAAAAGUUGAGCGCUACAGCACGGGAGACAUCGACGAAUCCUCGCCUGAUCAUACCAGCACUGUCUACGGCAUGGCGCGGAAAUACUCCAAAAAGAUUUCGGAUGACAAAGUUGUAAGAGAUCUUCGUUCUCGCUAUGGCGCUCGUAACUCAGACUUAAUGCAGAAAUCGCCUUUGAAAGUUGACGCGUCGCCCCAGAUGAAAGUGGAACGYGUAACGAAGGUUACUUUUGAUAACAACUUGGAUAGUUCAAGGGUUGUACGAAGAAGAAGAAAGUCUAGCUCCAGGAAAAAGCGGGCUAGUUGGUCUCAUGAGAACGCUAAGGUGGAUGUUGAGCUUCUACGGCUCAAAAUAGAGAGGCCGCGAAGUUUACACGAAAUAAAACCUCCCAAAGAAUUGAUUGAUUUGGACAAAGAAAAUGAAUAUGUGUUUCCUGAUGGACUGGACGAAGGACUUGAACCAGCACUGCUUGCAGGGAUGCAGAAAGAUGAUGUUGUUGUGAAGGGGCUGGUUAAACAUCUUGUCCACAAGUUUGGAGCUGAUGAUCCAGACGACUUUCCUAGUGGCUCACAUGCUGGUCUACUGUGAAGACAUCUUAUCGACCCUCAAAGGCGGUUUGAUAAUAAUUUAAUAAUAACAUAUAUAAUUGCGAUAGAAAUACUUCUAAUAUACUUGUUAAUUCGUCAUCAUUCAUCUUCAAUUUGUUCAUGUUACUAGAAACUUACAACUCAGCGCACAGCAAGUUUUCAUUGUUACGCGAAGUAGAGACUCUCUUUACUCUUUUGCAACAAUGCAAAUUUGUUGUGCUCGCUGGAGGUAGAGUGCUUACGAUAUAUCCGUGAAAAGGGUUUUACGGAAUUCAAUAAAUUAGUGAGUUCAGUAUAGACCUCAGUAGACCGUAGGCCUAAAAAAACUUUGCACUAAUUUGUACUUUGUUAGUUUUUAAGGAUAUAUGGUAUGCACUGUAAUAUGAGCAACAGUGCUUCUCAGUGACCUCAGUAGACCGUAGGCUUAAAAAAACUUUGCACUAAUUUGUACAACUUUGUUAGUUUUCAAGGAUAUAUGGUAUGCACUUUAAUAUGAGCAACAGUGCUUCUUCGCCUUGCAAUCCGCGACAAGUUGCGCGAUUUUGUUGCCCAAAUACUCCAUCUUACAGUUCCAUUCAGUGACCAUCAUGUAUGACAUCAUCAUCAUCAUUACCAUCAUGAUGACAUCAUCAUCAUCAUCGCCAUCAUGAUGACAUCAUCAUCAUCAUCAUCGCCAUCAUGUAUGAC